AUGUCCGAAUGCUUCAAAGUUGGAAAAGCUGUUCUGCGCCAGCCAGGCUCGCCAAGGCGUGUCGUUCAUGGCAAAAAAGAAAGCGUGAUUUUGAGGCUUUUUGACAUGCUGGCUGUGUUGAUGGAGCUGGUGCGUCUGACGGGCAGAAAGAGCACCCAUUCGGCAGCACCGUUUUGUGGAUUCAAGAAGGAAGUCGAAAUUACAGCUGCUCGAACUGCGCAAGCUGUCAGCUGUCCGCCAUGA